CGCGGGGUGGGGAAGGAGACGCCCCGCCCCCCCGCCCCCUCCCCCCCUCCCGCCGCCUUUGCCCAAAAGCGGCGGGAGCAGGCCUGACGUCAGGUCCCAGGAGGGCGCCGACCGGGCGGUCCGCUGCCGAGCGAUCACACACCAGCGGAGGCCGAGCCGCUCAGUCUCCAGCCCCGGCGAAGGCACGGGCCGGGGCCUGCUAGCCACCGCCAUGCCCUCUGUGUCUGCGGCAGGGCCCUGGGCCUUGGCAGCCCCCAACGCCACCGUGACGGUAGCGUGGGUCAACGGCAGCGUGCCAGAGACGUCUCUGUUCCACCUGUUCGCCCUGCUGGACGAGGAGCUGCACACAGCCUUCCCGGGCCUGUGGCUGGCGCUGAUGGCGGUGCACGGGGCCAUCUUCCUGGCGGGGCUGGUGCUCAACGGACUGGCCUUGUACGUCUUCUGCUGCCGCACCAGGGCCAAGACGCCAUCAGUCAUCUACACCAUCAACCUGGCGGUGACCGACCUGCUGGUGGGCCUGUCCCUGCCCACGCGCUUCGCGGUCUUCUACGGCGCCCGGGGCUGCCUGCGCUGUGCCUUCCCGCACGUCCUGGGCUACUUCCUCAACAUGCACUGCUCCAUCCUCUUCCUCACCUGCAUCUGCGUGGACCGCUACCUGGCCAUCGUGCAGCCUGAGGGCUCCCGCCGCUGGCGCCAGCCUGCCUGUGCCAGGGCCGUGUGCGCCUUCGUCUGGCUGGCUGCGGGCGCGGUGACCCUGUCGGUGCUGGGCGUGGCAGCCGGCGGGCGGCCCUGCUGCCGCGUGCUCGCGCUGACCGUGCUGGAGUUCCUGAUGCCGCUGCUGGUCAUCAGCGUGUUCACGGGCCGCAUCGUGUGCGCACUCUCGCGGCCCGGCCUGCUGCGCCAGGGCCGGCAGCGCCGCCUGCGGGCCAUGCAGCUGCUGCUCACGGUGCUGGUCAUCUUCCUCGUCUGCUUCACGCCCUUCCACGCCCGCCAGGUGGCCGUGGCACUGUGGCCCAGCAUGCCACGCCACACGAGCCUCGUGGCCUACCACGUGGCCGUGGCCCUCAGCAGCCUCAACAGCUGCAUGGACCCCAUCGUCUACUGCUUCGUCACCAGUGGCUUCCAGGCCACCGUCCGUGGCCUCUUCCAUGGGCGCGCAGCAGAGUGCGAGCCCAGUGGCGGCGAUGCGGUCAGCAUGCACGAGGGCGCCAAGGGCUUGCGCCCCCAGCCCCUCCUCCAAGCUGGCCCUCCUGUGCUCACCCAGGCCCUCACCAAUGGGCCUGAGCCUUAGGUCAGCAGCACUCCGCCAGGGGCCAAAGGUCAGCGUUCGGCCAGGUGACCAGCCCAGACACCCGCUGGGCCGGGGAAGCAAAUUGGUCUCGUCUGGAUGGACUGGAGAUGGCUACCCCGGGUGCUGCAUUGAGAUUCUAAGGCCACUGUGCUGUGGUUGAUUAGCAGUGUCUGCAUGGGCUCCAGAUGGAGUGCCAUGGUCCGAGUGCCGAUCACUUCCCUUCCCCGGGGUCUGCCGCAUCCGCUGAAAGCCCAGAAGGCUGGCUGGAAAUGCUGCUCGCUCGGCCAUUUGUCCACGGAAGGAGCUCCUCGGGAAAAGACACAGAGAUCAGUUAGGUCCUGUGGAUUCCCAGGAGGGUUAGAAAAGCCCCAAGAGGCCUGCACACACACACAGGUGGCAGAACAAGGACGGGGAAGACGUAGGGACAUCAAUGUCACACGGCCCUGGGCUUGGGGGGCAUCUCUGUAAGGCCCCCACCUGAGGCCUCCACGAACUGCACAGAAGACAGCGUGACCCCCCAGGGCCUCGACCUCCGCUGAGCCUCGAGCCUGCACAGGAGAGGCAUCUCCAAGGGCGAGUGGUGUGCACCAGCAGCACGGCUGGUCCGAGUCAGCUGCGGAGGCCUGCUCCUCCUCCAGGGGUGCUGCUCAGACCCUCCAAGACUGUCCCUGGAGGGCGUCGGGGCCCAGACCCAUCCUGUGGACCACGGGAACACAGCCUGCCGGCCGAGGGCCACAGGGCUUUUCUCCCCUCUGGAGCCACAGAGCUCAGGCCUGGCCGCCCUGACCCAGCUGUGUCCCCCACGCCGUCCACACAGGAGAGGCAGCUCUCUGGCUUGGACCUCUGAUCACCUCCAAGCUAGAACCCGGAUCACUUCCCACGUGCUUUCUGGCCCGUGCCCAGGCUUCUGGGGCCCUUUUCAGACCGUACAUGGGAAGGGGCCUGUGGAGCGUCCCUGCCCUGGAACUUGGCCAGGACCACUGAGCAGGUGAGGUGGGAUCAGGCCCAGCUCGCGCCCUGUCCUGUAAGAAAGUCCCCUGUGGCCUGUGCAUCUGCGACCGGGGGCAGGCAGGGGAGCCAAAGCCCCCAUCUUGUCAUUGUCCACGCUCAGGCCCUGGAGAGGGUGUGGACAGGAGAUCGGAAGGCCAUUUACACCCCAACUUUACAGACAGGGAAACUGAGGCUCAGAGGGAAAGGGCUUUGCCAAGACUGCAGAGGGGGUACCCGGAGAAGCAGGGCCAGCGUGGUCCCUGGAGCCCUGUGGGCCUCUGGCUCCAGGACAUCAUGGGCCACUGGGGUGGGGGAGGUGGGCCCGUAGCCUCCAGCUGGCCAGAUUGGAGCCCCGGCACCAGGGGCAUGCCCAGCAGGGGUGCUGGGACCCCCGUCAGGGGCUUCUUCCUGGCCCCGUGCCCACGAAGCCGCGGCAUCAGCCACUGUCAUCCUGACCAUCAUCCCACCACCCUCACGGGGCAGGCCCUUUGCCGGGAGCUGCUCCUGCCCCGGCUCCAGGGCACUCAGCAGCCACAGCUCACCAGGACCAGAGUUCCAAAAGGCCAGGGGGCCUGGCUCUCAGGCAGGAGGUAGCUGGCAGCCCAGGAGCCCUGACGCAGCCUCAGGCAGGAGGCUUGGACAGGACUCCGGCUUUCCCAGGGCUGGUCCCGACAGGCGCGCUACCCGAGGGAAGACUUGGAGCCGGGCGGUGCUGCCAGCCACAGGGCGGGCACUCGCUGGGCUGCCCCGCUCACACAGGUGCUCACCCCGUGCUCAGUCCUUCAGGUCAGAGGCCCGGGACUCUGUUUACUCAAGGGCUCUGGCUUCUCUUGCUCCAUCCCAGGAAAUCCUCGGAGCCCCAGCCCAGGCAGCUCUCCUGUGACCUGGGGCAUGACGGCCCCACCUCGAUUCCCUACUACCCUGUGAGGACCACCUCACUGGACCGUGGCUACAGGGAACCAGAAAGCUGUGGGAGGGACACUCAGCCGGGGACAGCCUGGGCAAAGGCGGGUCCGAGCCUGCCUCCUGGAGCCCAGUGAGGGGCCAGGGACGCACCAGCCCCACUUGACUUCACGCGUGGACUGUGGUCCCCUUCUCUGGUCAUGUGUGCCCCCUCCUCUGCCGGCAUUUUGUGCCCCACCACCCUUCUGCCACUCUCUCCUCUUUCAGCCCCAUCCAAGUCCCCCAUCUUGGUUCACUGUCUGGUUAGCACUCUAAUUCACACUAGAGAGGAAAUGACUGACGCUAGCCGGCUGCUCUGCUUGGAGGUGGAGGGACUGCAAAGCUUCUGGCACAAUCUCUUCCAGGAGGAGGGGUGUCUGAGGCGGGUGAGCCAAGUCCCUUUCCCCACUCUGAAAGCUCACCCCUUGACCUGGAUUCCCUGGGGCCUCGAAGGCUUCUCAGACUGCCAGAGCCUGGGGUAGGAGGGCCACCUGUCUCCCAGGGCCAGGGGCGCUUUGGGGGCCGUGCUCACACCUCUGAGAACCCGGGCUGAUGGCCUCCCUUGCAGAAUGCCGACAGGCAGGCCUCAGCUCCCCGUCAUCAUGCCUCACCCCUGCCUUGUAGCUAGGGCAGGGGCCGGGCCGGGCGUCCACCCCAGUGACCCGGUCUGGUCCCUGGCACCUCAGUGUGCUCCCCGCUCCCGAUGCUGCAGCACAGGCCAGGUGUGAGGCCCGUGCAUCCCCCAUCCCUGUCCUCCCUCCAUCUCCAGAUUUCCAAAAAGCCAGAGCCAUGUGGAAUGGUGUGUAUAUUUAUAUCCGAGGUCAACAGCCCCCUUUCCCAGACACCCUGAUCCUGAACUGGGGCUGCUGCCCCCAGUGCCCACGACUCAGCCCCCAGGCUGGCCGGCAGGGGUGUGGGGCGCCAAGCACAGGGCCUGAGUGUACUGUGGACCAGCAGAAUGGUGGACCCUCAUCCCCAGUCCAGGAAGGGGACAGGGAGGUGGGCAGGCAGCCAGACCCCCCACAGAGUCCUUCCAGACCACCAGAAGUGUGGUCAGGAGGCCGAGGGGGAGCGCCUGGCCUGCAGGCCCAGUGAGUGCUGGAGUCCUCCCUCCUCUGGCCCCGGGAGGCGGGUAUCGCGCUCCCUUCACACGUGGGCUUGGGGGCAUGGGGAGGGCUCUCCCGGCCCCACGGGGCCCACUUGCCAGCCUGCGGCCCACUCUCUGGCCUCUGCCCAGGGAGCACUGGGGUGGGAAGAGCAGGCCACCCCAUCAGCUCCCUGUCUGGCCCCUCCAGGCCGGAGGCAACUGGAGGUAAAUAUUAGGGCCUGUUUAGAUUAAACGCCAUUAAUAGCAGGAAAUGUCACCUCGGGCGCCCGUCCUGGCUUCCUGGAGGCCUGGACGCCUGAGGCGGGGCCAGGGCUCUGUCUGAGCUGGACACCCAAAGGAGGCCUGGCUGCAGACUCUGGCCCGUCCCUCCCAUGGUGUCUUCUGCUCCUCCCUGGCACUCAAGGUCACUCCUGGGGGGCUCUGUGUGCCAGGCUUUCUAGCCCCCAGCUCCCCUCCUGGGCAGCAGGAGUGGGCGAGGCCAUGCGACAUGUGAAGAGAGCCCAUGCCUGAAGCCACCCUGGGGUUGUCAGUCCCUGCACAGACCUGCCCACCCUCCGGGUCUGUGCUCCCAGCUCCCAAGAAAACUGAGGCUCAGAGGCAUGGUGAGGGCUAUUUCUCCUGGCCCUCCUGCCCGCGGCAGGGGCGCCUCUCCUCAUGCCCCAGCUCCCUCCCAGCUGGCCCUCCUGGAGGCCAUGGUGCCCCUCCCAGCAGGACCCGUCUUAUGGAUGAAGGAACUGAGGACAGACCCCCAACCCUGCCUCGCCACUGAGUGACUCACCUGGGACCCUCCUGCCUCGCCUGGCCCGCUGGAGGUGGGAGUCUCAGCCCAGAUGGCUGGUGCCCCAGGAGUCGGAGCCUCCAAACACAAUCUCGGGGGUGCUGGUGGAGGCCCGGCGGCACAGGAGCCACCUCUGCCCUGCAGGGCCUGCCACACCCUCUGCCCCCAGCCCACCACUCAGACCCUCCAACUCUAGCCAGCAGCGAGGAUUUGAACAGGAAGAACUGGCCAUGUUUACAACCUGCCUGAGGCUCUGGCCCCCUCCCUCCACACCAGGCCUCCUGGGGCCCCAGCUGGGGGAGUGGGCAGGUGCACUGUCACCUGCCCUGCGUGGAAUCACCAGUCAGGAUGGUGGCCCCAGGACAUUCCUAGCGGGUCAGUGUCAUUUGAGUCCCAGGUGUGCAGCCUGCUGUCCCAGACUCCUAGUAAGGGCUGCGCCCCAGGUCACAGACCAGGGACCAGUCAGGAGCUGCCACAGCACCUACUGCCCAGAUGAGGUUGCAGUGCUGCUGGUCGGGGAAAUCGCCAGAAUGCACGUGGACAGGACUGCAGGCCUGGCCUGUCACCCAGGGUCCCAAGAAGGAGGACAAUGGCUCUCAGAGCCUGGUGUGCCUGGGGGCCUCCAAGGACAGGGUGGGCACCACCCUCCUGGUGCCCACUGGAGGCCCAUUCUCCCCAGAGCAGCAGCACCCAGGGCCUCGCUGUGAAGACCACACACUUCACCGUCCACACGAUUCCCCCAAGACCUCCACACCCAAGGGCAGGCACUCAGGAGCAGAGGCCUGGCUGGGUGACAGGUGUCCACGUGUAGGUAAACGUGUACGUGAGCCCAUGCACGGCAGCUCCUCCAACCCCAGCCAGCUACACGUCUUCCCUGAGCCUGUUUCCUCUUCUGCCCAGGGAGGAUAAUUGGCUCACUGCACCUUAAGACGAGGUUGUGAGAAUGAGAACAUGUGUGAGAGCACGUGUGCGUUCAUACGUCAGUCUACAGGCGCAUGUGAGCCCAUGCAUGUGUGUGAUCUGUGUGUAUGUGUGUGAACCUGUGCACGUGUGUGACUGUG